AUGAGCCAUCUUUCCCGCAUCGAUCGAGUUUCGCCCGCCGGGCAGCGAGACGACGAUAUAGUCUCUGUCGACCUUCGUUCUUCGCCGUCCCUGCCAUUCCCUUCGGCCAACACUUUGCUCUCCCAGAGACGGUCUGUCCCAGCGUUUCAGGACGAAAUGGACCCUCUUCCUUCCGAGCACCAGGCAGCUCUCUGGUUUGAACGUCAGAACUCCUCAAAUGCGGAUGCCGAGUUCGACGCGAUGUGGACGUACCCGAUCGCACACGACGGUAAAGGCAAGCGUGCUGCUCAGCCCGUGAACAUCUUCCGGCGUCGGGAGGACGAAACGUUCGAUGUCUAUGGGUCGGGGCCGUCCUCACCACUUGCUGGGUCAUCCUCCCCUUUCAGUUCGCGUAGCUAUCACCCCUCUCUCGCAGAGACUGAGAUCUCCGCCUUCGAUGAUCGGGCGCGUAUUUACCGGGAGCUCAUGCAAGAGAUCACCGCCCUCGACAAGGGCAAAGGCAUAGACAUCGCACCCACCCUCCCACCCCUCAGUUUCACGUCCCCACGACUGGAUGCAGAGACCAUCUUUCCUGCUUCGCCCAUAACGCCGGGGCCGUCAUCAUUUGGAUCAUCAGUCUUCGAGCCCCAGACGCCGCCUGGCACAGGCCACGAGGAGCCCCUCUCGGCUCCUCGCGUCUCCGAGCAGACAGUGCGCCCCGAGGAAGCACAGUCUCACCCUGUGCUCUCCCGUAUGCCUUCCAGGCGUCGCUCCUUAUCGAAUAUGUCAGUGCACUCCGCACGUUCCGUCGCUCCCAAGAUGCGGGGCAAGCUCGGCAAUGCGAGCCCCGCGCGUCUCGCACGAAAGUUGUUCAAGACUGAGAGCAAGUUCUGGUCCGCGCCUACGACGCCUGCUGCAACUGCUUCACCGCCGGCAUUCGACUUCGACGUGGCGGCCACAGGGUGCUUCUCGUCGCUGCGAUGCGAUGUGAAGCUACGGCCUGCCGCCUCCGCGCCGUUCCCUGAGCUUAACCAGCUCCUGUAUGACGGUACCAAUGGAACACCGUCAUUGCCUGUGUACCAGGGAAAACCAGUCGGAUCAUCACCUGCAGCAUAUAAACGCGCGGGCCGGUCCUACUCAGAGCCAUUUCCGGUCGUAUUUGGAGUAGUGCCAGAGCAGGCGGCGACAGAUGUCUUCACGCCCCUGCCGAUUGCCCUCCCGCGAAAUUCAUUUGACGAGGUCCUUCCUCGCGAACUUCGGCUCCAUGUCUUCGGGUUUGUGGUAGAGUUGCAUGCGGAGGACCAUGCCAAACGUCUAUGCGAAGGACAGUGGACGGCUAUGAAGGCUGCGCGGCACCGAUGGGUUGGUCGCGACGAGGGAGUACGGGAGCUCAUCCGGCUGAGCAGGGUGUCUAAAACCUGGCUUGAGCUGAUCUUCGAUGGGCAGCUUUGGAGCGAACUCGAUCUGCAUUCUUUCCCGAAGAUGCCGGCCGUUCAGGUACUGCAUGUAGGCAAGUUUGCGGGGCCAUUCGUGAGACACCUCGAUGUUCGCGGACACGCGAACCUCCAACCGUCUACGCUCGAGAAUCUCACGAACUUCCUCACCAUGCGCCCUCCGGAAGGUAGCAUCCAGACAGCGACGACGCGUUUAACGACGCUCAAUCUCGCAGGGUGCAAAUCCGUGACUUCGGCGGCCUUACACUAUCUUCUCGAGCGGACGCCGGGGCUUAUCUCAGCGAAUCUCAAAGGACUCAAUGCGGUUACGAAUGAAACCUGCGAGAUUCUCUCGGCGACAUGCACAGCCCUUGAGGUCCUGGACAUGUCACGCUGCAAGUCCUUGAGCGGCGCGGGAGUGCGUACAAUCGCUUCGGACGCUCUACGUGCGGGUCGGGUGUUGAGAGUCCGUGAGCUGCGGGUCGCUGGCCUAAAGGGCGUUACCGACGGAGUUUUGAGAGAUCUGGGACUUGCGGCGCCCGCUCUCGAGCUUCUCGACCUGAGUUAUUGUCGCGAUCUGCACAACUCAUCCGUCGAGGCCUUCGUGGAGGUUGACGAAGGCGUUCCUGUGAACACGCCCGGUAUCAUUGUGCUUUCGGCUCACCAGGCCGGGCGGGAUCCUAACGAAGGCAGGCGCUACCGUCGUCGUGUGACACGCCUCCGCCAUCUCUCACUCUCCAAUUGUGUUCUAUUGACUGAUUAUGCGUGUGCCCACCUCUCGCACGCCCUUCCUGGCCUGGAGCUGCUUGAGCUCGGUGGUAUUGGGGCCGAGCUCAAAGAUGAUGGGCUCAUAUUAUUGCUCGAGACGACACCGAUGUUGCGCAAACUUGACCUAGAGGACGCCCUGGACAUCACCGAUGCCGUUUUGGAAACUCUCACCCCCCAAUCCGCCGACUUGGGAAACCUCGCGAGUACUCAGACGCGCGUCGUCGGGGGAGCUCUUGAGCAUCUCAUCAUAUCGUGUGCCGUUCAGCUCACAAAUGAGGGCAUACUUGACCUCAUCCGUGGCUGCCCCAAGCUGCGAGUCUUGGAGGCAGACAGCACACGCCUCUCAAGUACAACAGCGCGCGAUUUUGUCAACCUCUCUCGCGAGAGGAGCGUACACGACGCCAUGCUUGUUGCGGUCGACUGUCGCGCGGUCGGCGAGUCGCUUGCCAAGGAACUUGCCAACGUUACGCGCCCACGUUUAGGUUGGCGCGCGCAUGCAGCGCGCAGGUUGGCCUACGUCGAUGGCGCUGAUAAUGAGCAGCUCCCGUCCGGUUUGGGCCAGGACGAGUGCGAUCCAACUCGUGUCAUCCUUAAGACCUUCUAUGGUUGGCAGACUGUUGACGCCGUCACCACCGCGCGCCAGAAGCGCAGACGUGCUGCUCGCGAGGCCGGUGCAAGCGAUGCAGGCAGUAGAGCGCGUUGGUGGGCCCCCGGUGGCCGACGCACGCCGAGCGGCACAAACUCUCCGACGCUACUUGAUGUUGGAAGUGAGCGUGACGGCUGUCUCAUCAUGUAA